AUGUCUGAUUCUACUCAACCUGAGAGCGUCGAAGAUUUGUCUGUGAAUUUGGAGAGCCAACAGAUAUCAAAGGAGGUUCUCAGUAAGCUCUUUGAUGGUCAAACAUUCAAAGGCACGACGCAUGAAGUAUAUUUCCGCCCAGAAAUAGAUACAAUUGUGUUUGAAAACUUCAUAAACUUCAAUUUCCCACAAAGUCAAGCUUUUCGUGGUACACCAUCAGAAUUGGCCUACCAAUUUCCUCCGCAGACGGAGUGCGAUUCGGUCAAAAUCCUUGAGCUGGAUGAAUGUCUUGGGAUGUGGAGGUACAAUGCUGCUCAUUUUAGAUCCUUGGAUCUGUUGAUCCUUCGUACCGGUCCCUUCGGCGAAAGACACGAGCUUCGUGUGCUUGACGAAGCGAAGAAAUACUAUGAGAAGAAGCUCGCACAUGAAAAUUGCACCAAGAUUCCUUCAAUCGUCAUUCGUCUUGAAACAUUGUUCGAGAACUAG